ACAGUAGAUGGAGUCCUCAACGUUGCCAGCUCAAUUACGGUUUUCUUUUUAGAAUUUUCUGGCCAAUGCCAAUCCUGCUGUAACAUGCACGGAACGACAGCCGUAAAGCGUUGUGUUGUGAUUAAGGAGGUCAUUGGAAAGUGAGCAUCUAGCUAGCUACCUGGGCCGGUUCGGGGGACAGAAAGACACUUUAUUGCUACCAUUGGUAUCAGACAUUCUGUUACCUGAGUAGCUCCAAGUGAAUCUAAAAGCUGUUUAGCGACUAAACCAAUAAAGGCGAAAUGCUCCGUCUGGUCCUGCGGCUGAGGCCGUCUGCAGCGUUGCCUCGGUCCCGCGGUGCCCUACCUGGGCCUGCCCUGAGCUCUCGUCCCGCUCUGGGACCCUGUCAUCUGAGGCGCUAUCACGGCUCUGUCCGGUCCAAGGCUGUUUGCAAUGGGGGUCGUUUCAACACCGUGGUCUUCGCCAGCAGAGCGGCCCUGCUGCAACCCCCCAAGCCCAUCAUGGGAGCCCAGACACAGCGCUUCUACAGCCUGCCACCGCACCAGAAGGUGGAGCUGCCUGCUCUGUCCCCCACCAUGCAGACUGGAACCAUCGCUCGCUGGGAGAAGAAGGAGGGAGACAAGAUCAACGAGGGAGAUCUGAUAGCAGAGGUGGAGACUGACAAGGCCACCGUAGGGUUUGAACUGUUGGAGGAGUGUUACCUGGCUAAGAUCCUGGUACCCGAAGGAACUAGAGACGUCACCGUGGGAGCAGUCAUCUGCAUCACCGUUGACAGUGCUGAUCUGAUCCCGGCCUUUAAGGACUUGACGUUGGAGAAGCUUGCCACUAGCUUUUCCCCUUCUGCAGCUGCCCCGCCCCCUCCCCCUGCUGCUCCUCCCACCGCCCCCGGCAGCUCCCUACCCACCCACAUGAAGGUGUGUCUGCCAGCGCUGUCUCCUACUAUGACGAUGGGGACAGUGCAGCGCUGGGAGAAGAAGGUUGGAGAGAAACUCAGUGAAGGAGAUCUACUGGCAGAGAUAGAGACGGACAAGGCUACCAUCGGGUUUGAGGUGCAGGAAGAGGGUUACCUGGCUAAGAUCAUGGUGUCUGAGGGAACGCGUGACGUUCCACUGGGCGCUCCUCUCUGCAUCAUCGUGGAGAAGGAGAGUGACAUCGCUGCCUUCAGCGACUACGUAGAGACCGCAGGAGCUGAAGUCUCCACCCCACCCCCCGCUCCUCCCCCCGCCUCAGCACCGGUUGCAGCCCCCACUCCUGCAGCGCCCCUCCCCACCCCUAGCCCAGCCCCCGUUGCCCCGGCAACCCCCAGGAAAGGGCGUGUUUUCGCCAGCCCGCUCGCCAAGACCCUCGCUGCUGAGAAGGGCAUUGACCUGGCCCAGGUCAGCGGCUCCGGUCCUGAUGGUAGAGUCACCAGGAAAGACAUUGAGACCUUCGUCCCCCCCAAGGCUGCCCCUGCUACUCCAGUAUCAGCUGCCCGUAGCCCUGCCCGUAGCCCUGCCCCUACACCCUCCCCAGCCGCUGCCGUUUCAACAGGCACCUUCACCGACAUCCCUAUCAGCAACAUCAGACGGGUGAUAGCCCAGAGGUUGAUGCAGUCGAAGCAGACCAUUCCCCACUACUACCUGUCUGUUGACGUCAACAUGGACCAAGUCCUGGAACUACGCAUGGAGCUCAACGCUGAGGUAAAGGCCCAGAACAUCAAGCUGAGUGUGAAUGACUUCAUCAUUAAAGCCAGCGCUCUGGCCUGCCUUAAGGUCCCUGAAGCCAACUCCUCAUGGCUCGACUCUGUCAUCCGACAGAACCAUGUGGUGGAUUUGAGUGUGGCGGUGAGUACAGCCAAUGGUCUGAUAACUCCCAUCGUGUUCAACGCCCACACCAAAGGACUGGCUGCUAUCAGCUCUGAUGUCACAGCCCUGGCUGCCAAGGCCCGCGACGGGAAACUACAGCCACACGAGUUCCAGGGAGGCACGUUUACCAUCUCUAACCUGGGAAUGUUUGGCGUCAAGAACUUCUCAGCGAUCAUCAACCCUCCCCAGGCCUGUAUACUGGCAGUAGGAGGCUCCGAGAAGAGACUGCUGCCUGCUGACAAUGAGAAAGGGUUUGACGUGGCCAGCAUGAUGUCGGUGACGUUGAGUUGUGACCAUCGCGUGGUGGACGGAGCGGUCGGAGCUCAGUGGCUCGCAGAGUUCAGGAAGUUCCUGGAGAAGCCUGUCACCAUGCUGCUCUGAUUGGACAACACCCUCACCAGGCCAUGCUCUGGUUGGAUGCAGCCAUCGCCAAGCUGAUCUGAUUGGUGGAAACCUUUCAUCAUGCUUCUGUGAUUGGCUGGCCGACAAGGACACUCCCCCUUAAAGGGGUGAGGCAGGACUCCUCCCAGAGUAUAACCCCUCCCCCUCUUUCUCUCGCUCUCUGUAUUUAUUGAGACCAGUUAGUUACAGGUUAGACCAGAGGCCAUAAUGUCACUCUAACACUCAUGUUGUUUAUAAAGGGAACUGUUACAGACCUGUGUGUGUGUGUGUGUGUGUGUGUGUGUGUGUGUGUGUACCCAGAGUUGGGGAGAUUGUGUUAAAAGCCAAAGGAAGAUGGAGAAUGCCCCCUAGACUCACUCUCAUGCACACACACAUAAAGACCACCCCAGCCCCUCUGAAGUACGAUAUGUUGUGUGUGUGAACACAUUGACAGGAGGUCUGCAGUUCUGCUGGUUGUUUCUUCUCCCUGGUAGUUAGUUAAUUGAUUGAUUGAUGAAUGUCACUGAUUGGCUAGAGUCCACUCACCUGUAUCAAGUCUUUAGAAGGGAAGAAUGCCAACCAGCCGUGCUGCUGACCUAUUGGUACCUUUAUAAUGGUGUAUCACAUGAUGUAGCAUGCCAACCAGCCGUCCUGCUGACCUAUUGGUACCUUUAUAAUGGUGUAUCACAUGAUGUAGCAUGGGUGGAAUGUUCAUUUACACAGUAGGGGGGGCUUUAUUGAUGACAUCACUCCAGACUCAGCUCUGUGCCAGUCCCCUUGUUCUUAUUCCUAUCCUUUGAUAAAGAACAUUCUAUUUACAUGACAUCAGCUGUAAACAAGUGAAACGCACAAAGAAGUGAAGCUGGAUGUAUGGUUGCCAUGGGAAUUAUUGCUGAAUAAAAUGAGCUACUAUGG